AUGAUCACAAAUAAAACGACGCCUACCAUCAAGGGCGACCAGAUUGGAUCCUGGAAGAUGGGCGAGACCCUCGGACUCGGAUCCACGGGGAAAGUCCAAUUAGCCUACAACAAGACCACAGGUAACCAGGCUGCUAUCAAAGUCAUUUCGAAGACUAUAUUCCAGGACUCGAAUGUGACGUCGAUGGUGGAUAACACGACGCCAGACGCGCUGCCCUACGGCAUCGAGAGGGAAAUAGUCAUUAUGAAACUGCUGAACCAUGCAAACGUGCUCAGACUGUACGACGUUUGGGAAACAAACAGCAACUUGUACAUGGUCUUGGAGUACGCAGAGAAGGGCGAGUUGUUUAACUUGCUAGUGGAAAGGGGCCCACUGCCAGAAAACGAGGCAAUCAGGUUUUUCAGACAGAUCAUUAUCGGUAUCUCGUACUGCCACGCGUUGGGGAUUGUACACAGAGACUUGAAACCGGAAAACUUACUUCUGGACACGAAAUAUAACAUCAAGAUCGCAGAUUUUGGGAUGGCAGCACUCGAGACGGAGGAUAAACUCUUGGAGACGUCCUGUGGAUCUCCACAUUACGCAGCACCCGAAAUUGUAUCUGGGAUCCCCUACCACGGGUUCGCCAGUGACGUGUGGUCCUGUGGGGUCAUUCUCUACGCGCUUUUGACCGGGAGGUUACCCUUCGACGAGGAGGAUGGGAACAUCAGAAACCUGCUGUUGAAAGUUCAAGCGGGUCAAUUUGAAAUGCCAGAGGAUGACGAAAUAUCGAAGGAGGCACAGAACCUAAUAAGUAAGAUCCUUGUAGUUAACCCUGCUGAAAGGAUAACGGCAAGAGAUAUUUUGAAACAUCCACUGUUGCAAAAAUAUCCAAGCAUCAAGGACUCCAAGAGUAUAAGGAACUUACCCCGCGAGGACACAUACCUUCAUCCAUUGGCGGAAACGAACUCCGCUAUAGAUGAAAACAUCCUACAGAACCUGGUCGUUCUGUGGCACGGUAGGGACCCUGCAGAGAUUCGGGUCAAGUUGAAGGAACAUGGCGCCAACGCUGAAAAGACGCUGUACGCCAUGCUGAAUAGAUUCAAGUUAGACGUGGAGCAGGAAAAUUUGAAGAAUGAACAUUUGAAGAACAGACAAUCCGGUGGACAAUCCACGUCCAUGGCCCCUGCAACUAAUCAGAGUACCGCGGUUAACAGAUCCUCGGGGAAUAAAAACACGACUCCGAGAAAGAAAAACAGAGCAUCUGUUAUAAGCGUGACCUCGUCUCAUAAAAGACCAAUUUCUUUCCAAAAACUCCCCACUUUGAACAGUACAUCCUCACUCGCUGCGAUCACGCCCAGCACAUCGGCAAGAAGAAAGAGACUCUCGAAAAUAUCAGGAUACCCAGUCAGUAACGUAAAUGGCUCUCCAACACCGGCGUCGAGGAAGAAGAGAAACUCGAUGGCAAAUAUCCAGGCUGCUCGCUCUUCGACUAUCAAGAAGACAAACACUUUCAAGAAAAAUAAUAGAGCUAGUAAAAGAGUGUCCAUCUUACCAAAUAAUAAAAAUGGUACGAUAGCGUCAAAGCUAAUUUCGACGUACGCCAAGCUGUCAGAAGAUGACGAAUGGGAAUACUUGGAACAAGAAACCAAGCGAACCAGUUCAAACUUCGCCACGCUGAUCGAUGAGAUUUUCGAACACGAAAAGUAUGAACAAAUCAGGAAAGAAAAGGAGGAACUGGCACGUAAAGUCAGAGAGGCUAAAGAGCGUGAGGAAGCGGAAAGGAAACAAAAGGAACUACAGGAAAGGGAGAAACAAAGAGAGCGCGAAAGAAAGGAAAACGAAACAAAUGACCGUCAAAGGAUAAUGGAAGAAGAGAUCGAAAAUUUGAAAAAGGAAUUGGACAUGAUGUCACACGAGGGGAAGACCGAAUCAAGAUCUGUGUCUGAACCUCUCAACAAGAAACAAGGAGGAGUGGAAAUUGAAGUAAAGGAACUUCUAAGACAACGCAAUGCCGCCUUACAAACAAGACCUAAAUCAAGGUUAGAUCCUGGUCUAUUCUUCGAUUCAGCAGAAAGCGAUACCCGCAACCCUUCGUUGCAAGUUUUCGAAGGCGAAGUAGACAACAAGCUGAAAACCGAAAAGGCUAUUCUGGAAACGAUAAGAAGAUCUAAAUUUCUGGGCUCUUCGUUCGAUAUCAGUAAGGAGUUGAAGUCGGCAUCAGCUAGGUCAGAUUAUUCCAGAGCGCCAGGACGUGUUAUUACCGCUCCAAGCAAUCUAGAACGUAGCGACGUUCUUCCAAAAAAUGCUAUUGCCACAGCGCCUCUCCGGAUACACAGUGAUCAACCAGAAGUGAGAAAGAUAUCCGACAUCAAGGUCCCUCAAUUUACUAGAAAAUCUAGAAACUUUUCUGAGUCCUCAAAGAGACUUUCCGUUUUGUCCAUGUAUUCGACGAGACAGUCUUUCAAAAAUCUUUCGGAUAUGAUGAACUUUGAGAGUGAGAACACUGAUGCAGCCGAGAAUAGAGGCCAGAUAGCAACACCUAAUAGCGCCGGCCAAUCCGAGUUUCUCUUCGAAAGCGUUAAUGAAGAAGCGGAAAACACGAACAACACCUCUACUGAUGGGAAAUUGUAUGAAGUCUCUGAAUCUCCGGAAAGCUCUAGUAAAAAGGGUUUGAGAGUAAACUUGUCAGACAGAUACAACAAAGCUAACUCUGAAGCUGAUAUGGAAAAUAAAUUGCCGAUAUUACCACCUCUAGACCCUGAGAUCGCUGGUCUUGGGAUAUAUCAAGAUCAACCAGAAGAGGUCAAUGCCAAACCGCAAGAAAAGAAGUCUAAAAGUAAGUCAGCGGAAACUGGGGAUAUAUCCGAAGGUGAGCCAGAAGUGAGUGACCUAAAAGCUGAGAACAUUAGAAAAGCUCCUCAACCUCCUAUAACGGAAAAAAAGAAACUGGAUGCCAAGAAACAGAGGAAUGACGAGAGAACUAAGGCAUCGAAGGAGAACACAUUUUCUAACAAUUUCCUGAGAAAACUAUCCGGUCAGUCGAAUACGACAACUCAAUCGGUCAAGAAGACCAAACUGGGUGCGGAAGACGGCAUACACACAACGGUUUCUGCUACGCAGAUGUACCAAGGGUUGUACAAUCUGCUGCGUGGGUGGGGAUCGUACGGUCUAAAGAGCAUCAAAGGUAACAGUGAAAACAUGACCAUCACUGGGAAAUUGGCAAGUGAAAAUAUUCUUUCCCUACGUUCAACCAUCUUUGAGAUUAUUAUAAUAAGGGAAGGUAAGGGCAGCAAAGUGGAUAUCAAAAAGAAAUCGGGUUCUACCAAGGCUGUUAACAGAUUAGCUGGUGAAGUGAAAAACGUGCUUGUUAAGGAAGGAGUUAUGAUCACAAUCAAAUAA